AUGCAGUCAUUCAAGCGAUCAUAUCUGAAAUUGCCGUUUAUGGCAUCACUCAUGAGUGGACAUCAGAUAUUGCUGAAGAAAUGCUUCAUCUCAAGACCCGUUUGCGGCCAAUUCGUGGUUAGAGUGGUUGCCGACAGCCACUGGAAGUGUUGGAAGCGUUUUGCGUGCCAUCAACAGCUGAACAUCAACCACACACUUGUGUCCAGUAGUGUCUCUUCCAAGAGAAUAGUAUUCAAUGAUUACGAGAAUCAGUUCGCCUUCAAAGUCAUCGAAUCGCUUAUAAGCGAAGAAUCGGUUGAUAUAAGUGAAGACGUGGGCACUAAUGGAUCCGUUGAUCAUAUUAUCGAUAAGUUUAUAGCCAUUCCUCCCGAAGAAUUCAGAGACAAUCCAAUUAUUAUCAACGAAUUGGUGCGAGCGGUAAAGUCAUUGAGUUUCAGACAAUUGCUGUCUGUCUUGGAAUCGAUGACCAAAUGGCCGGUUCUUGAGCUCACGUUUGAUCCGUUAUACUAUAAAGUGUGGUCUAAUAUAGACCACGAAUUGGAUGAUAGGCUGACAGCGGAUCAGUUGAAUGGCGACAAAGAUGUGGAGAAAUAUCUGUUGUUUGGAAACAUGUUUUACAGACUGAAGACCGCAAACAUCACUCAAUUCAACGACACUUUAGUCAAGAGAUUGAGUUCUUCUGACCACGAGUUGAAUAAGACAUCGAUUCUUCACCUCUUGUUUUACGCGAAUCUUCACCGAAGGCUUGACCCAAAAGCUGCUGAAUAUAUAAUGAGACGAAUGGAGACUUUGGUGAUUGACAUGGAUUUGGAUGAAUUGGGAGUGUUUUGUAUGUCUUGUUUUAAGACAAACACUAAACUGACGGAUCAGUUGUUGACCACAGUUAUCGGCAAAUCCAUUAGCGAUGUCUCGGAUGAGACCAAUGGUAUGACACGAACGUCGAUCACGAAAUGCAUCCGACAUUCAUAUCACUUCCCCAUUCACUCCCACUUUCGGUCACAAUUGGGUCAAUACAUCGAUAAAUUGAAACAAUUGUCAACUAAUGAUACGAUCACUUCCACUCAUUUACUGCAUCUUAAAUGCAUGGCCCAUGUCUGUGAUAAGGAGCUCAUGGAUCACACGUUUGACAAACUUUAUGACAAUCCGCAGGCUUUCCGUCUUAAAGACAUUGAACGCGUAUUCAUGUGUUUAUCUUAUUUUAGCCACGAAUUAGAUCCCAAGAAAGUGGAGUAUAUUUGCCAUGAAUUACACACAAAUGCAGAUCACUUCCAGACGUAUCAAUUGCCGCAUUGUUUGCUAAGUAUUUUGCGUUAUUUAGCGAUUUUGCAAAUCUAUCCAAAGUUAUUACUUCGGCACUGCUUUGAACCCAGUUUUGUGGCCAAAAUAACCAAAUAUUCACGGCUUGACUUUCAAAGACAAUUGCUGACAAUGAAUACGACGCUAUCCAUAGAAAGGUACGAAGAAUUUGGUGACAUUCUGGUGGACCCGCAACGGGUGUAUUGCUAUCACCGCUGGAUUCUCGCUGAAGAGAAGCAGUCCAUCCCUCACACCACCAGAAGACAUAAAUCGUUGAACACUAUCUAUAGAUGUCUGCAGUCAGACGAGAGAAGAGCAGAAGAGCUGACCGGCGCUUAA